CCUGCCCUCGCGCCCGGGGCCAGCGGCGCCCCCGCGCCCCCUCCUGCAGGAGCGGGCCGGGUGGCGACAAGCAGCGGCGUCCCGGAGGGGGGUUCUGGCCGGGACGCAGGCCUGUCCGGAGACGCCUGGGCGGAGCGGCCCGAGCCGGAGUCCGCGGACGUUCCCGGGGAGUCCCUGGAGAUCCAGCCGGUGGUCAUCAAGGAGGAGCCCCUGGAGCCGGAGCCGGGAGAGGGGGAGCCCCCCGCCUGGCCGCUGUCUCCGGCCCCGCAGGAGCCCCUCGCCGGCGGCGCAGGCCCGGGGCGCCCCCCGGCGCCGAAGCCCUACCGCUGCGGCGAGUGCCUGCGGGCGUUCUCGUCGCCGCGGGGCCUGGAGGACCACCGGCGCGUGCACUCGGGGGACAAGCCCUUCCGCUGCGGCGAGUGCCACAAGACCUUCGUGGCGCUGAAGAACCUGCGCAAGCACCAGCGCAUCCACUCGGGCGAGAACGUGCACCGCUGCAGCCAGUGCCCCCGCAGCUUCAUCGCGCUGGGCAACCUGGUGACCCACCAGCGCGUGCACACCGGCGAGCGGCCCUACCAGUGCGCCCAGUGCCGGCGCCGCUUCUCCCGCAGCUCGGACCUGCGCACGCACCAGCGGCUGCACACCGGCGAGAACCUCUUCUCCUGCGCCGAGUGUGGCAAGAGCUACAUCUCCAACAACGACCUCAAGCGCCACCUGCUGACGCACACGGGCGAGAAGCCCUACAGCUGCCCCGACUGCCACAAGAGCUUCCGGCAGCUGGGCCACAUCAAGGUGCACCGGCGCGUGCACACCGGCGAGCGGCCCUACAGCUGCAGCCACUGCCGGCGGAGCUUCAGCACCGGCUCCAGCCUCAAGCUGCACCUGCGCACGCACACUGGCGAGCGGCCCUACUGCUGCGCCGAGUGCCACCGGGUCUUCACCCGGCUCUCGCACCUCAAGCUGCACCUCAGGGUGCACCGCCGGUAGGGCAGGGCAGGGCAGGCAGGCAGGGGCCGUGUCGGCACGCCGCAGAGAGGAGACGGGACAGGACAGCACGGCACAGAGAGGAGACGGGACGGGACGGUUCGGCACACGGCAGAGAGGAGACGGGACAGGACAGUUCGGCACACCGCAGAGAGGAGACGGGACAGGACAGUUCGGCACACCGCAGAGAGGAGACGGGACAGGACAGUUCGGCACACCGCAGAGAGGAGACGGGACGGCACACCGCAGAGAGGAGACGGGACGG